GACUUUGCACUUCGUUGCUCUUCGUUGCACUUCGUUGCGCAAUAGUAAGUUGAAGUCUGCACUAGGACAUAGGACAUACCACAAACAGUUGGAAACGAAAUUGCAAAAUGGCAAGGAAAAAAGCUGCCAAGGAGAACUUCUUCAAGUUCAACAACAAGCAGAAGGCGGUGAAAGAGAACACCUAUGUCAGCGGCAGGCGGACUUCUUCAUAUCAUGAAGCAGUCGGGUUUGAUUACUGGGACACAGGGUAUGAGGAGGUGGACAUGGACUACAGGGAUAUGAACAAGAAGUCUUGGAAGUACAAGGAAAGCACCAAGACGUUUAUACCCAUCAGAUCAAAACCAGAGCAGCCGUCAGUGAACCCACUAGAUGAUGCAGGUCUGCUGUCCUUCAUGACCGUCACAUGGCUGACUCCGCUCAUCAAAAUGGCGAACAAGGGCAAGCUGACACUGGACAACGUCUGGCAACAUUCACCACUUGACACGGCAAAACCCAAUUAUAAAAGAUUUGAGAGGCUGUGGCAGGAGGAGGUUGAGAGGGUGGGGAUGGAGAAAGCGUCGCUGCCCAGAACCAUCUGGAGGUUCACCAGGACCAGGAUGCUGAUGAGUCUACUCGCUAUCCUCAUCUUUUCAGCAGGCACCUUUCUUCUUCCAGCUUUUUUGGUCAGAAGCCUCUUGAGAUACACCGAGUCCCCGGACACAAACUGGCCACUGGGAAUCGGCUUGGUCAUUGCCAUUUUUGUCACUGAAGAAGCCAGAGCAUUGUGUUGGGUUGCAACAUGGGCCAUUGCCUACCGCAGCGGCAUCAGAGUACUGGGGGCCAUCCUGACACUCAUCUUCACCAAGAUUACACGGCUCAGAAGUCUCAAGGACAAGACAGUAGGGGAGUUGGUGAAUCUGUGUGCCAAUGAUGGCCAGCGGGUGUUUGAAGCCACAAUUUUGUUCAUCUUCAUGUUCCAAGCCCCGGUAGUCUUUGUGUUGGGUCUUUGCUACAGCGUGUACCUGAUUGGUCCAGCUUCACUAGUGGGAUGUUUCGUCAUCGUCCUCUACUAUCCUUGCCAGGCCCUGAUCUCACAGCAAAUUUCACAGUUCCGGAGAAAGGCCAUCGCCAUCACAGACAGACGUGUACGAACCAUGAACGAGAUCCUGACGUGUGUCAAACUCAUCAAGAUGUACGCUUGGGAGAUGCCUUUUGGGAAGGCUGUCAGUGCUGUGAGAAGUGAAGAGAGGCAUGUUCUGGAGCAGGCAGCUUAUGCCAAGACUGCCAGCAUAGGGCUGUCUCCACUCAUCUCUCUUCUGACAGGUGUCCUCACCAUCUCUGUAUCUGUCAUGACAGGGAACGACCUCACUGCAUCGCAGGCCUUUACAUUGUUGGCUGUGUACUACAGCAUGAUUUCUGCCAUGGGUGGACUCCCCUUCUCUUUCAAAGCACUUGCAGAGAGUCAAGUAGCUCUACAACGUAUGAAGAGUUUGCUUGAAAUGGAUGAAAUGAAUCCCUUUACUACACAACCGUUAGACUCAAGAAAUACUGUUGAGAUCAGGGCAGCAACCUUUGCAUGGGACACCAUUCAGACAGAAGGUGGACAGGACGCCAUGACACCUGCAAAGGAUUCUGGGACAACACCAGGGUAUGAUGGGAAAUCUGAAAAAAUUCCUCUUACCCAAGAGACGUCUGAAUUAAAGGAGGAUCUGGUAAAAACACUCUUCAACAUUGACUUGGACCUACCAAAGGGUACAUUGUUAGGUGUUUGUGGAAGUGUUGGCAGUGGGAAGAGUUCUCUCAUCUCAGGCAUCCUGGGUCAGAUGCGUGUGGUAUGUGGAACAGUAGGACUGACAGGCAGUGUGGCUUACGUGGCCCAGCAGGCCUGGAUCAUGAACGCUUCUGUCAGGGACAACAUCCUGUUUGGAGAGGACUAUGACCAACAGAGGUAUGAGGAGACUGUGAAUAUCUGCUGUUUGAGUCAUGACCUUAAAGUGCUGCCAGCAGGAGACUUGACAGAGAUUGGUGAGCGAGGGAUAAACCUGAGUGGAGGUCAGAAACAGCGCAUCAGUCUGGCGCGGGCUGUCUACAGUAACAGGGACGUCUACCUGCUGGACGAUCCACUCAGCGCUGUGGACGCUCACGUGGGACAGCACAUCUUCACCCACUGCAUCAUGGGAGCUCUCAAGGACAAAACUGUGCUGUUUGUCACUCAUCAACUGCAGUACCUGCACCUGUGUGACCAGGUUGUCCUGAUGAAGGAUGGUGUGAUAGCAGAGAAGGGUGAACACAGUCAGCUGAUGGCAGCAGGUGAAGACUAUGCCAGGAUGAUACAGGGUUACAUGACAUCACACUGUGCUGAGGAGACAGAGGAAGAGGAUCAGCCUGGUAACAUGGAGGAAAAUAAUUUCAUGAGACAGCAGUCCAAGGAUACUGGACAACAGAACUGCCAGUCCAAUGUGGGUUCUGCUAGCAGUGUUGCUGAAUACGAGAUCAACAACAAGACAGAAAAACAGGAUGUGAAAGAAGACUUGUCAGGCAAUCUGAUAAAACAAGAGGAGGUUGAGAGUGGGAGUAUUGGAUGGGCAACAUAUUGCGAGUACUUCAGAUCAGGAGGAGGUUACGUGUUAUCUGUGCUGGUGCUUCUGACUUUUGUUCUACUAGAGGGAGGAAUGGCCUUCAGCAACUUCUGGCUCAGCAUUUGGCUGAAACAAGGCAGUGGGAACACCACUAUAACAGUGGGUAAUGAGACAGUCAUCAGCACCAGUAUUCGACACCAUCCCGACCUUUACUUCUACAGUCUGGUUUACGGAAUGUCAGUUAUUCUGGUGUUGGUGGCAAUAAUUGUAAAAGGUCUGGCCUUUGUCAAGUUCACCCUCCGAGCCUCCUCCAACCUUCACGACAAGGUGUUCAGGUCUGUCUUCCGCAGCCCCAUGUCUUUCUUUGACACGACACCAACAGGCAGGAUACUCAACCGCUUCUCCAAGGACUUAGACGAAGUGGAUGUGCGCCUCCCAUUCCAAGCGGAGAUGUUUCUCCAGUACGGCUGUCAUCUCUUGUUCUGCAUUAUUCUGAUAGCGUACACUUUCCCAUACUUCCUUAUCGCCAUUCUGCCAAUGGUGGGAAUUUUCUUGUACAUCCGAAGAAUUUCUAACAGUGCCCUGCGUGAACUGAAGAGGUUAGAGAACGUGAGUCGGUCUCCUUGGUUCUGUCAUCUGACUGCUACUGUACAGGGUCUGGCAACUAUUCAUGCUUACAACAAAACAGAGCAGACUGUGGACAGGUUUGUUGAUCUACUGGAUAAGAACUCAGUGAUGUUGUUCCUGUUCCGCUGUGCGAUGCGCUGGCUGGGCAUGAGGCUGGAGCAGGUCACCAUCGUGUUAGCGACAGUCACCGCACUGCUGGUCGUCAUUACCCAUGGUUCCAUUUCCCCCGCCCUCGCAGGAUUGGCUCUAAGUUCUGUGACACAGAUGACGGGUGUGUUCCAGUACGCAGUCCGUCUCAGUUCAGAAACAGAGGCUCGCUUUACGUCAGUGGAGAGAAUUAAAAGCUACAUCAAGGGUCUUGAAUCUGAGGCACCUCUUACUAUCAAGAAGACAACACCGUCCAAGUCUUGGCCAGUUGAAGGCAGAAUACAAUUCCAGAAGUACAACAUGCGUUACCGGGAGGGUCUGCCCUUGGUGCUGAAAGAUGUCAGCUUCUCCACAAAACCUUCAGAAAAGGUUGGCAUCGUGGGAAGAACAGGAUCAGGAAAGUCAUCUCUAGGAGUGUCCCUGUUCCGAUUGGUUGAAGCAGCAUCAGGCUCCAUCAGUAUUGAUGACGUCAACAUUUCCACUAUCGGCCUGGAGGACCUGCGCAGCAAGCUGUCAAUCAUCCCACAGGACCCUGUCUUAUUCGUGGGAACUGUCAGGUAUAACCUGGAUCCAUUCAUGGAGUACAGUGAUGAACAGAUCUGGAGUGCUCUGGAGAGAACGCAUAUGAGUGAAAGUAUCUCCGGCCUACAGCUGCAGCUGGAGGCACCUGUUGUGGAAAACGGAGACAACUUCUCAGUGGGAGAGAGACAGCUGCUGUGUAUGGCCAGGGCACUGCUCAGACAUAGCAAGAUCCUGAUGUUAGAUGAGGCGACAGCAGCCAUUGACCCAGAGACAGACAACCUGAUCCAGACAACUAUCCGGGAGGCCUUCAGUGACUGCACCAUGCUGACCAUCGCACACAGACUCAACACUGUACUGACCUGUGACAGGAUACUGGUCAUGGAGGAUGGGGAGGUGGUGGAAUUUGACUCCCCCAGCUCACUGCUUGCAGAUCCAAACUCCACCUUCACAGCCAUGAUGUCAGCUUCUAGCCUCAGUGACCAGCAGCAUUCGAUAUAAUAGUAGGUGUUAAUUUAAAACCUUAUAAAGCUCAUGAUCAUAUUUACAUGUAGAUACAAUGUCAUGUACAUUACAUUAUGUCACAACUGUUACUGUAACAGUGUUCUUUUAUUGUUGCUGCCCAGGUCUGUUUCAGGUAAGAGAUUUCACCUAAUAAUAUGUUUAACUUAACUUAAGUAUGUGACCAGGAUUUAAAUGUGUUUAUUAUAUUGAUGAUUUAAAUUUACCAUUGAGUACAUGAACAAUGGGGCAGGGGGUGGCGAAAGCAGAUCAGAUUGCCCUAACUUUGUCUCCCCACAAUCUCCCACUUUUUGUUCAAAUAUUUGCUAAUGCAGAUUGCUUGUCCCAAUAGACCUACAAACAUUUACAGUGAAACUGUAGAAG